UGUAUGAAGGCUCAUUUGGAAUGCUGCCACAAGGAGAAGGGGACUGUAUUGAAAACACAAGGUGUUUUCGUGCAGGUGACCAAAGACACACAGAAAAUCCUUUUCUAAACUCAAUUCAAACACUUUUCUUGCGUGAACAUAACAGAAUCGCUGAUAUUUUACACGGGAUAAAUCUACAUUGGAACGGAGAGCGCAUAUACAAAGAGACGAGGAAACUUCUAACUGGCAUUUACCAACACAUAAUAUUCACAGAAUUUUUACCAGCAUUGCUAGGUGAUGAAUUAACUUCGCAACUCGGACUAUUACCAAAACCUGUUGGAUUUAAUACGCAAUAUAACGAAAACGUAGAUGCAGGAACGAGAAAUGCUUUUGGAGCGGCUGCGUUUAGAAUAGGCCAUACCAUGGUGGGAUCUUUAGUAGGGUCGAGUGAUAAGAACUUUAAUGAGAUGCACAAUAUCCCAUUAGAGAAUGAAUUCUUCAAUCCACGCACUAUCCAUGACAGGAAAAACUUUGGUGUUGAGAGUAUGUUAAGAUGGAUGUUAAGUCAAUUCCAAUCACAAUCAGAUAGGUUCCUAACACCAACUGUGAGGAAUAGGUUAUUCCAGACGCGACCAGGGAACGGUUUUGACUUAGGUGCUCUGAAUAUUCAGAGAGGUCGAGAUCAUGGAAUACCAUCAUACAACAGCUUCAGACGACACUGUGGUUUACAACCUGCUUUGACCUUUUUUGCUGGACCAACAGGACUUGUAGACCAAGAAAAAAGGGCUGCCCUAGCCUUGCAAAUGAUAUACAAACAUCCUGAUGACAUUGAUUUAUAUUCUGGGGGACUGUCGGAAACUCGCCUAAAAGGUUCAUUAGUCGGACCAACAUUUGGUUGUCUUAUAGGCUUACAGUUCUUAAUGUACAAAAUAGGUGACAGAUUUUACUAUGAAAAUGAAUUUCCGCAUACCGGAUUUACUAUUGAACAGUUAAAUAUAAUCAAACAGCAGUCAUUGUCUUCUUUGUUAUGUCGAAACACUGACAUACAUUCCGUGCAACCAAAAGCUUUUGUUUCACCACUUCCAGGGUGUAAAGAAAGGUAUGAUAGUAUUAACAAUUUAUCUUGA